AUGCUCCUCCUGCUGACCGCACUUCAGAUCUGGGCUCUAGCCGGGGCCCAGAGCCAAGAGGAUGAGAACAAAAUAAUCGGUGGCUACUCCUGCAUCCAGCACUCCCAGCCGUGGCAGGCAGCCCUGCUGGCCGGCCUCGCCCAACGCUUGCAUUGCGGAGGGGUCCUGCUGUCAGAACACUGGGCCAUCACCGCCGCCCACUGCUCCCGCCCUGGAUACCAAGUGUCCCUGGGUAAGCAUACCCUGGGGCACGAGGAGGCUGGAGAGCAGGUGCGGGACGUCGCCCGCUCCAUUCCCCACCCUCUGUACCGGAGCAGCCCCACUCACCUGAACCACGACCACGACAUCAUGCUGCUGGAGCUGCAGUCGCCCGUCCGUCUCUCGAGCCACAUCCGCGUCCUACCUCUCUCCCACAGCGACUGCCUCCCUGCUGGCACCUGCUGCCGCGUGUCUGGCUGGGGCACCACCAUCAGCCCCCGGGUGAGCUUUCCGCAAGCCUUACAGUGUGCCAACAUCCAGCUUCGCUCAGAUGAGGAGUGCCGGCAAGCCUACCCGGGGAGGAUCACACGCAACAUGGUGUGUGCCGGCUCCCCCGAGGGCGGCAAAGACUCCUGUGAGGGCAUCCCACUUGAACUGGCGAUCCGUGUUCCCGGCGUGUCACACCCCGGGUAUGACAUUCCGUGUUUCCAAAAGCACUCGGUCCCCGUCGGCAUCACGGUCUACCAGGCGUUGAAACACCCCAGUACCCCCGAGAGUCCCAACCCGGAUAUGUUCCGGAUCUCCCAACUGUGUCAGCCAGCAUCCACCUAG